AUGGGGGAUGAUGCUACUAAUUUAACGGGGCCAGAACGUGAUGAUGGGUAUACUGAGUAUGGCGUGCCUCAGCGGCGAAAGAGAAAGAAAAGGUCUAAAGUUUGGAAGGAACUUAUCGAAGGAAAGAAUGCUCAAGGUGAGAGAAUAGCUACUUGCAACCAUUGUAAUUUAGAAUUGUCAGCACAACGUGAUUAUGGCACUUCUCACUUAAAGCGACACUUAGAAAGAUGUUUACUUAGGUCUCUUGAACUUAGGAAUGAGGAUGAUAGUGAUGAGGAUAAUUAUGUGUUUAAUAUGGGUGAGCUUAGAGCAGAUAUUAUUAAUUUCAUAGUAGAAGGAGCUCAUUCUUUUUCUAUAGUUGAAGAAAAUGGAUUUAAGAGAAUGAUGGAUAGAGCUAACCGUAACUUUGUUCCAUUUGGUCGUGCAACUGCAAAAAGGGAUUUAUUGUCUUCUUAUGUGGUAGAAAGGGAUGAAUUGAAAGAUAUAUGGAAACUCCAUAAGAGGGGGAUUGUUAGGUUUAGGGCUUUAGCUCCCCCAUAUGAUGGUGUAAGUAUUGCUACUGAAAUUGCUUUAUUUCUUACUCAAUGGAAGUUGGAUAACAAGAUACUUUCUAUCACCGUAGAUAAUGGAACCUACAAUGAUGUGACGAUAUCUACUUUGAGAAGGCGUCUUGUUCCUAGGGGAGGAUUAGCUUAUGGUGAGUGUUUGUUUCAUGUGAGAUGUUGUGCUCAUAUUGUGAAUCUUGUUGUGCAAAAUGGGUUGAUUUAUAUAAGUGACAUUUUGGAUAAAAUUCGCUCUUUGAUAAAAAUGAUUACUAGAUCCUCUCAUAGAAGUACCGAGUUUUAUGAUUGUGCGGAAAGAACUUUCCACUUGGAUGGGAGAAAGAAAUUGAAUCUUGAUAUGGAAGUUAGGUGGAACUCUACUAAUCAUAUGUUUGGUACUGCACUUUUUUUCAAGGAUGUCUUCAUUCAUUUAGGUUCAAAUUAUGCAUCAUUCAAAACUUUUGUUCCUUUAGAAGAGGAGUGGGAUAAAGUGAGGGUAAUUCAUGACUUUUUAGAGUUGUUUUAUCAAGCUAAUUGCAUGUUUUCAGCUGUUAAACAUCCCACUUCAAACUUGUAUUUUAAAGGUGCAUGGAUGGUGCAUCGUCACUUAGUUGAGGCGGCAAAUGGUCCUUAUGAAUUUCUAAAGGAAAUGAUCCAACCUAUGCUUUCGAAAUUUGACAAAUAUUGGUCAGAAUACAACAUAUACUUGUCUUGUGCUGCAAUUCUUGAUCCGAGGUAUAAGGUUAUGUUUGUGGAGUAUUGUUGUUGUAAGUUAUUCGGUAAUGAUGAGGGUUCAAGAAGAGUUAAUGACGUAUUGACUGCAUUGAUUGGAUUGUAUAAUGAUUACAAGUUGCAAUAUGUUGGCGUCUCACCUGUUGUAGCAUUGCCUUCUCCCUCUUCAAGGUUAGGUACUAAAAAUUAUUUUGAUGACUAUGACCAAUUUGUUAGUAGUAGUAGGUCUCAAGUGGGAAAAUCACAACUCGACAUGUAUUUUAGAUGA